UACUCGUCUGCAUCAUGCUCUUCAAAAAGUUCACGCCCACUUGAAAUCUGUAAAUAUGACCUUAUUUGGAGAUAGGGUCUACGCAGAUGUAAUCAAGUUAAGAUGAGGUCCUGUACAUUAACUUUCCAUGUAGCCUUAUUUAAUAACAGGUUGUCCAUGAUUUAUUAUUUUAAAUAAAAUUUUCACUUACAGAUUAACACCAUAUAAAUACAAAUGCAACAUUUAUAAUUAAAGAUGAGCAUGUUUAUGGCACAUUAGUCAAAUUCUUUUUUAAUAGUCACUUUCUGCAAUGUUUUGAGAAUUGCUGCAUCAUAUACCAUAAAUAACUUCAUUUGUCCUCCAAAGCAACAGUGAAAGUAAUUUUAAAAUCUUUCCUCAGAAAGUUGCUAUUAAGAUCAUUAGAUAAUACCAAUUUCCAUUUAAUUUGAACUAUUUAUAUGUUUUAUGGAACUCCUGAAUUAAAGAGUAACUAAGUAUGUUUCAAAUAAUUAUUGUGAGUAUUAUAAAUGUCUUUUCAGACCAAAGCAGUAAGUAAUAUGAUAAUGCUGGGAGAGAAUAUUGCUUGUAUUGAACAAGAAAAAGGGAAUCUGAGAUUUCAAAAACAAUGUAGAAAUCUCACACUUUCUUGUAAGAAGUGAAAAUUAUGCAAAAAGCUGCCUUUGACAUCUCUAUUCUCAGAACCUAAUUUGAGCCUAAUACAUAUUGUCAAAAAUACUUAUUGAGUGAAUAAAUGGUAGUGAUUCUAAUUAUGAUCAGAUUUUCUGCCAUCAUUCAGUGGAAAGAUAGAAAACCUUAAAGACAAGCCUGACUUCUCCUAUGCUGCUGAGUAAUGGAGACCUCAGUCCCAGUCUAAAACAUCAUAAUGAAUUCUUCACAUUUUUCUUAAGAUUAGAGAAAGACUCACUUGUUCACGACUUAGUCUGUUGCCAUUCAGAAACUAAUCUCUACGACUUGGUUAUUGUUUCUACUUGUGAAGUUGUGGAUUGUGAUGAAAACGCAAAUCUUUCUACAUAUCUUUUGUGCCCUGACUUUAGGCCACUAUCACCUAAAUAUUUUAUUCUAAAUUAUACACUAAUUCAGGCCAUUGUUUAUUGUGUGGUGUCUUGAGAACACCAAUCUCCAUGGUUGCCUUUUGUUUACUUAUCAACUAGUUCCCCUGAGUCCCCUGUAAUGGAGCAGAUAAAAUUAUGACUGGCCUGCAUAACAUUACUUCUGCACAAAAGAUUGUACCAUCUUGCCCACCAAGCUUGGAAUGACAUUCCAUCAGACUUCAUUUCAACUCUAACUUAUUUCAAAUACCAAGAUAAUACUUCUUUAGGUGACAAUAGGUAGGAUAUCCUGGGAACUUAGAUUCCUGGAGAAAUUUGCACUGGUAUUUAGCAAUGGAUUGUAAUUUACCCUAUUUGUAAACAUUGCAGAGGAGCUCUUAGAAUUAUUCUUUAUUAUUGGUAUUUUGGAUAUUUGAUUACAAAUAUACGAUGAGAGAGGAGAAGCAGAUUGCAAAGGUUUUUGAAAAAUCCCAAAUCAUUAGUUUAAACAAAUUAAAGAUGCCUUUAGAAAUGAUAUUGAUUAAACCAGUCAUAUUUACCCUAAAAGUAAGUACUUCUUUGAUAGUUUCUUUCAGAAAUAUAUUUUUGCUUUAAUAGUGUAUAGUUAUGUUUAUACAAUUAAUCUCAAUUAUUCACACAUUGUUUAGAUAAAAUUAAACCACUUCAUUUAUAUGAAAGAUAUAAAGAAAAUUUUCAAGCUACUAAAACAGCAAUUACAAGCAAUAUUUUAUUAUAAUAUAAAUAUUUUGUAAUUUUAUAGGACUUCCAUGAUUUUUUGUGUUCUUGCCUACAUGGCUUUUCAUUAUCAUUGUUUGUAUAAGCAAUAUCAUAAUACCAUGUAAUCAACUUGUACAAGAUUCUAAACUAUUUUUUGAUGUGUUUUAACACUGAGCAGAUAUACUUUAUGUUUUAGCUUUGCAUAAUAUGAAUUUUAUUCAUGAAGAUUAGCAUUCAUCAUAUAGUGGCAAAAGACCCAAAAAAAGCAUAUUUUAUUACCACAAAGAAAACAGAUGAUUGAAAGUGGAAAUAUGUCCCUACCAGCAAUUUUGUAAGUAAAAAUUUUGAGUAAGUUCAUUAACAUAUUAAAUAUAAUGGCUGAUACUGAGAAAAUAGUAUUCUUUUAAAAGCUCUGAAACCUCUAAAAAAUAUAAGAAAACAAAUGAGGCAUUACAGACUUAGACAGUCUUUCUAGACAUUAAGUAUUUAAAAAAUUAGAUUAUAGAACAUCCAACACUUUAAGGGAAAAUAAUAACUUUUUCCCAUUUUCAAAUAUUAUUUGAACCACUGAAUUUUGGAAAUAUCAAUUGUGCAUACACUAAUACCAAUAUAUUAAAAAAGUUUUAAAGAUUUUUUUUUUAUAGAAGGUUUAGAUUCAGGGCAAACUUGAGAGUAAGAUACAGAAAUGUCCCAUAUACCUCUUCCUCCCACAGAGUCAUAGCCUCCCUCAUUAUCAUCCACCAUCAGAGUACUACAUUUGUUACUAGUUAUGAAUCUACAUUGACACAAAUAUUUCAAGUCCAUAUUUUAACUUAGUUUGCUUUUAGGAGUGAGAAAUUUAUGGUUUUGUAUGAUCAUAAAAUGUCAUGCGUCCACCAUUAUACUUUUCCACAGAUUAUUUUCAUUGUCCUGAAAAUUCCCUAGAUUGAAGGUACUCACAGCCCCUCCUUUGUAAACACCCGACAUUCAUCAAAAAUUUUACUGUCUUACACUACGUCUUCAGCAACUAUCAUAUUGCAGACAUCAUACAUAUGUACUCUUUUCAUAUUGGUUUCUUUCACUUAGUAAAAUGCAUUUAGAGAACUUUAUUAUAACUUCCCGUUAAUGAUGGUUAGUGGAGCAAACAAACAAAUCCUGCAGAAUACCAAGAGUUACAUUAGAGGAAAACAAAGAAAAAGAAAAGAAGAAAGAAAGAAAAAAGAAGAAAGCAGAAAGAUAAAAGAAAGCAAAGAAGGAAGGAAGGGUCUUUGCCUUUCCAAAACUUAUUUCGAAUGUUAACUAUUGCCUUUUAUCAUCCGUAGAGAAAAGAAUAUGCAAUAUUGUGGAGAAGUGCCAAAAUGAUUUUUGGAAAUAAGCAGGAAUGCUUGACAGUUCUAAAAAUAAAAUUAGGACUUAAGUAAAAGUACUUCUUUACAUAUACUAUGUAAUAUACAUAUGCAUAUAUAUCAUAGAUUCAUGGUAGAUAAGAAGUAAAUUAAAUGUAUUAAAAGUGAUGUAUUUACAACCUGCAAUACAUCUUUAUAGCAGACUGCUAUCUAAAACUAGAAUGUCUUGCAAUACAGACAUUGGAGUUAGAUGGGAACUCACCCCCCUCCACUCAUUAAAUACCUCUCUCUGUAUACUAUUAUCAGGGACACAUUAAUCUACCAGACAACUGAGUUGUUUCCACAGAUUUUAAGAGUUCCAGUGAGUAAAGAGAAAGAAAUGCUUACACAAAAUCAACAAAUUAAAAAUGUAUAUGAAGAAAAAAGCAACAAAAAAAAAUCUUCAAGGGUAUUGUGGUGUGCUGGAGGUAAGCACUCGGAGUCUUAUUUGAGGUUUCAAUCUCAGAGAUUUCAACCUCUUUUUUCCCUUGUUUUCAGGACUAUAUUGAAAUAUUUAGCACACAGAGAUUUACACUGAAACGUGUGAGAAUGCAAUGAAGGAAAUGUAGGAUAGUGAAGUAACAUAUGGCAUAAGAAUUACAAAGUUUAAGUAUUUUCUUUCCAGGUACUACAAAAUCAUUUUUCUCUAAAAGCCCAGGCAGCAAUAUUUUUAAAUGUGUGUUCAUGUGUGCACGAUCAUGUGUGUAUGCAUGUGUGUCUCUGCCAGUGUUACAGUUUUUUGUGUCUUCAUCUGUUUUACAGCUAAAACAAAGAAGGAAAAUAAUGAGAAAUUACACUGAAGUAACAGAGUUUAUUCUUCUUGGAUUGACGGAUGAUCCGCAGUGGCAGGCUGUACUCUUCACACUCCUGCUUGUUACCUACAUGCUGAGUGUGACCGGGAACCUGACCAUUAUCGCCCUCACCCUUUCAGACCCCCAUCUGCAGACGCCAAUGUACUUCUUCCUUCGGAACUUCGCAUUCCUAGAAAUAUCCUUCACGUCUGUCUGCAUUCCCAGAUUCCUUGUCACUCUCGUGACGGGGGACAGAACCAUUUCUUAUGAUGGUUGUGUGGCGCAGCUGUUUUUCCUUAUCUUCUUGGGGGUGACAGAAUUUUACCUCCUGGCCGCCAUGUCCUAUGACCGCUACGUGGCCAUCUGCAAACCUCUCCAUUAUACCAUCAUCAUGAGCAGCAGAGUCUGUGCACUUCUUGUCUUCAGCUCAUGGCUUGCAGGAUUCCUGAUCAUCUUUCCACCAAUAAUCCUGCUGCUGCAGUUGGAGUUCUGUGCCUCCAAUAUAGUUGAUCAUUUCAUCUGUGAUGCUUCUCCAAUUCUGCAGCUGUCCUGCUCCAGCACUCGCCUGCUAGAACUCAUGGCAUUUUUUUUAGCUGUGGUCACACUCAUGGUCACGCUAACACUAGUUAUUCUCUCCUACACAUAUAUCGUCCGGACGAUUCUGAGACUUCCUUCCACAAGUCAAAGGAAAAAAGCCUUUUCCACAUGCUCCUCCCACAUGAGAGUUGUCUCCCUCUCUUAUGGCAGCUGCAUCUUCAUGUACAUUAAGCCUUCGGCAAGGGAAAGGGUGACUUUAAGCAAAGGAGUGGCUGUGCUCAAUACCUCAGUGGCCCCGCUUUUGAAUCCUUUUAUAUACACUCUACGAAAUCAGCAAGUGAAGCAAGCCUUCAGGAACAUGGUCCAGAGAAGGGCCUUUUCUUCAAACCAAUGAAUAUUUAAAAAAAAAAAAAAAAAAAAAAAAAAAAAAAAAAAAA